UGUGACAAUAUAUACAUAAUAUCACACGCGUGAAUAUCUUACAUUUCGUAUAAAUAAAAUUGAUUGUGUAUUUCAUUCUCCUUCAGUUUUCUUAGAUCAUAAACAUUAACACAUUAUACGAUAUGAUGAAGCUUGUCACAUUUGGAUUAUGCUUGUGCAUUGGUGCUUUGGUGUCCAUUGACGCUGCCUCAAUUAAAGAUAAUGGCCAAACCGGAUGUUUAUUCGAUGGGCGGGUUUAUGGAAAAGGCGAAACAAUCUCGUUCGGCAAAUGCCUAGGAAGCAUGGUAUGUCUUGGAAACAACAACUACUCCCCUCCAAAGCCUGGGAACUGUAAAAGAAGCGUUGACGGACAAACCGGAUGUUAUUUCGACGGCCGAGUUUAUGGAAAGGGGGACACCAUCUCGUUCGGUAAAUGCCUUGGAAGCAUGGUUUGUCUUGGAAACAACGACUUCACCCCUCCAAAGCCCGGAAAUUGUAAAAGAAGCGUCGAUGGACAAACUGGAUGUUAUUUCGACGGUCGGGUCUACGGAAAGGGGGAUACCAUCUCAUUUGGUAAAUGUCUAGGAAGCAUGGUAUGUCUUGGAAACAACAACUACUCUACCCCUAAACCAGGGAAUUGUAAAAGAAGUGUUGAUGGACAAACUGGAUGUUGGUACAACGGUCGGGUCUAUGGUAAAGGUGAUACAAUUUCAUUCGGCAGAUGUCUAGGAAGCAUGAUUUGUCUUGGAAACAACAACUACUCUACCCCUAAACCUGGGAACUGUUAG